GGGAAACGAGUGGAGGCACGAGGGCAGGCGCGAGCUGCCGGUGGGCUCCCUUCCCCCUUCGGCGACCCCCGCUCUGACCGACUGGUCCCCGAAACGGUGGCGGCGGUUUGUGGUCGUUGGUCCCUGAGAUUUAGGACCAACAUUUGGAGACCCGACGGGGAACUGUAACCAUGAAUGAAGAAAAUACUGAUGGAACAAACGGAUGCAGUAAAGUUCGAACUGGUACUCAGAAUGAAGCAGCAUUACUUGCUUUGAUGGAAAAGACUGGUUAUAACAUGGUUCAGGAAAAUGGACAAAGGAAAUUUGGUGGUCCUCCUCCAGGUUGGGAAGGUCCCCCCCCACCUAGAGGCUGUGAAGUUUUUGUAGGAAAAAUACCUCGUGAUAUGUAUGAAGAUGAGUUAGUUCCUGUAUUUGAAAGAGCUGGGAAGAUAUAUGAAUUUCGACUUAUGAUGGAAUUUAGUGGUGAAAAUCGAGGUUAUGCUUUUGUGAUGUAUACUACAAAAGAAGAAGCCCAGUUAGCCAUUAGAAUUCUUAAUAAUUAUGAGAUUCGACCAGGGAAGUUUAUCGGUGUGUGUGUAAGCUUGGAUAAUUGCAGAUUAUUUAUUGGAGCUAUUCCCAAGGAAAAGAAGAAAGAAGAAAUUUUAGAUGAAAUGAAGAAAGUUACAGAAGGAGUUGUAGAUGUCAUUGUUUAUCCAAGUGCAACUGAUAAGACCAAAAAUCGUGGUUUUGCAUUUGUGGAAUAUGAAUCUCACAGAGCUGCUGCUAUGGCAAGGAGGAAACUAAUUCCAGGAACAUUUCAACUAUGGGGCCAUACCAUUCAGGUAGAUUGGGCUGACCCCGAGAAAGAGGUGGAUGAGGAAACUAUGCAGAGAGUUAAAGUUCUCUAUGUAAGAAAUUUAAUGAUCUCAACUACAGAGGAAACAAUUAAAGCAGAAUUCAAUAAAUUUAAGCCUGGUGCAGUUGAACGAGUAAAGAAACUUAGAGAUUAUGCUUUUGUUCACUUUUUCAACCGAGAAGAUGCAGUGGCUGCCAUGUCUGUUAUGAAUGGAAAAUUCAUUGAUGGAGCAAGUAUUGAGGUAACACUAGCUAAACCAGUAAACAAAGAAAACACUUGGAGACAGCAUCUUAAUGGUCAGAUUAGUCCCAGUUCUGAAAAUCUGAUUGUGUUUGCUAACAAAGAAGAGAGCCACCCAAAAACUCUAGGCAAGCUGCCAACUCUUCCUGCUCGUCUCAAUGGUCAGCAUAGCCCAAGUCCACCUGAAGUUGAAAGAUGCACUUACCCUUUUUAUCCUGGAACCAAGCUUACUCCAAUUAGUAUGUAUUCUUUAAAAUCCAGUCAUUUUAAUUCUGCAGUAAUGCAUUUAGAUUAUUAUUGCAACAAAAAUAAUUGGGCACCACCAGAAUAUUAUUUAUAUUCAACAACAAGUCAAGAUGGGAAAGUACUCUUGGUAUAUAAGAUAGUUAUUCCUGCUAUUGCAAAUGGAUCCCAGAGUUACUUCAUGCCAGAUAAACUCUGUACUACCUUAGAAGAUGCAAAGGAACUGGCAGCCCAGUUUACAUUACUUCAUUUGGACUACAAUUUCCGUCGCAGCUCAAUAAAUAGUCUUUCCCCUGUUAGUGCUACCCUCUCUUCUGGGACUCCCAGCGUGCCUCUUUAUACUUCAAGGCCUUAUUCUUAUCCAAGCUAUCCCUUGUCAGCAACAAUAUCACUUGCUAAUGGCAGCCAUGUUGGACAACGACUAUAUAUCUCCAAUCAGGCCUCAUUCUUCUGAAGAAAAUAUUGUAAACAUUAGUAUGAAAAUUUGUGUAAAUUUGUAGUAUGAAAACUUGCAAAUUAAAAUACUGUUUCAUUUUAGAAUCGGGUUUGCACAUUUGGUUUUAAAAAUAUAUUUAUUCAAAAGUACCUAACAGCUAUAAUUCAGAAAAACAUGGAGUUGUAGAAUAUAUAAAAAUGCAAAGUUUAAAAAGUUAGUGGUUUCUUGAUAAAAGUACAGCAAACUACUAUUCUUUUUAAACUUUUGGGAUUUUCUUCUAAUUCCUAAGUGGGCAAUAGAACCUAGUCAUUUUAAGUUAAUUUUUUGCGUAAUUUGCUAAAUAGCGUCUCACAAAUAUUAAAGCACUUGAAGACAAUGGUUAUAGUAGAUUUGAUUACCAAGGAUCACUAUCUGUAUUGGAGAUUAGAACAAUUAUAUGACCAGAAGCAUCUAACCAUUAUGUAGAAAGAAAUGAUGAGACAAAAAGAUUAAGAUACAAAUUUUGUGCAGUAUUAAAGAAAAAGCAGUCUACCAUUGUGGUCCUUGAAAAUAACUGUAGAUAUUUUCAUUGUUAGACACAAAUUAUAAUUUUGCUGUUAAUGUAUUUAAGGAUUUUAUAGUUAAACUUUAUUUGUGUUUUUGGUAUUCUUUGUAUUGUUUUAAUAACAAGUGUUACGGGUUUUUAAUGUUGAAAUCAUGUGUUAAUUUUUGUAUUUGAAUUCAAUUUUUUUGACAUUAAAUAUAUGAUGCUUCUAA